AAACACUUAAAAGUUGCACCUGCUACGAGAGACCCGUUCCGAACACCUUUCUCGUAACAUAUCAUCAGACAAUGAAUAUUCAAUCAAUUCAGCAAUUAUCAGACGUCGUCCAUUUAUACAAGUGCCCCCUAUUGAUGGGAUUUAGAUCACGUAUGACUUCGUGCAUAUGAGAUUCGGAGAAACUUUUCGUGCAAACUGAGAACAAGGUACACUGUUGAAUUGAUGAACGAUAUGAAUGGCACAGAAGCUCGGAUAUUUCCCAAGUACACAGUAAUCAGUGUGAUUUCCAUUUAUAUUCUAAUCAUGAUCAUCGCCGUACCUCUGAACAGUCUCGUCUUAUUUGGCAACCUCACAAAAAGAAGGAGUAGAAUCAAGCCAUCGAGCAUACUCAUGGCAAACCUCGCGACAACGAGUUUGUUAAUGAAUACAGUCACUACUUCACUGGAAAUAUACCAAGUUGCAAGACCCAAACACGUUGCCAGAAAUGAAAUGUUAUGUUCAAUAAUCGGCACCUCCUUUUCUUCGCUGUACUUCGCCGUAACACAAACUCUGAUGUUCAUGUCUAUUGAUCGGUAUUAUGCAGUGAAAUCAGUACUGCAAUACGCAUUAACAGUGACACGUAGCAGGACAAAGGCUGCUGUCGCCUUCAUUUGGCUAGAGACGUUUCUCCUUGCUGCCUUAAUUAUGUCGCCAUACAGUGUUAAUGUCGAAUACACGUUCAAUUACGGCAUGUGUACCGUACAUUUCGAUCAUCGUACUGGAAUAAAUGUAUGUUUGGUGAUCAUUGGUGGUUUCAUACCCUUUGGAAUCAUUGUAAUGAGCAACUGGAAAAUGGCAAUUCUUUUAAGACAACACACUCGCAGGAUUAAAACCAGGUCAAACCAUCAGCCAACAGACAACGCAAAGAAAAAUAACGCAGAAGUGAUGGAAAGACAAGUGACCACGGUGGUGUUUUGGAUAAACAUCACAUGUUUUGUCUGCUGGAUGCCCGCAGUUAUCAUCGCUGUUUUGCAACUUGUUAAAAUAAAUAUUCCAGCGUCUCUAUAUAUUUUCGCUUAUAUUACAUCGCAUUUAAUGACAAUUGUCAAUGCUGGCCUCGACCUAUACGUACGAACCGAUAUGAGGAAUAAGGUGAAACAACUGUUCACACGAUGCAGACCAAAUAGAAGUGACGAAAUAGAAGUGAGCAAAACGUAAAGACAGCCGAGUUUUAUGCUGUACGUUACAAAAAAUAGUAGGAAUGCCGACUGCAAACUUGAUGUGAAAGAAUAAUGAGAGAAAAAUCGUCGUCGUGAAAGGAUUGAACGCGUGUAAAAAUAUGUAAUUUGAUAGAAAAUUGUAAGCUAGAGAUGGUUGUAAGAAAUUUUGUACUAUACUAUAAAUAAUCCAUACAAUAAACUUAAUUGGCGCUGAACAUAAUGACUCGCAAGACAUCAAAAAAGAUGCUGGAUUUUGACCUUUUAACUCAUAGUCAUAUGUUAUCAAUAAAUCAUAAUUGUAGAAACUAUCAUCUGUAAGUAUGACGUCAUAAUUGCAGAUAUCGAGAAUUAUCUGCAGGUAGUUAACAAAUCAGAGCCGAGAAUGCUCACAUAGUGAAUAAUAACAGUUGUUAACAAAUCA